AUGCGAAACCUGUCCCAAGAUCUGGAGAACCUUGGGACGUCUUUUAAAAUGAAUUAUAAGACAGAUGUUAUCUUCUACUCUCUGCCUCAGGAUAUCUAUGGAUUGUUUAUUGUUAUUUAUAACAUGAAUAAACGCUUCGUCAAACUUCCUGAGCUCGACAACAUAUUGCAAGAGGUAGAGGCUGCAUCCAAGAAGCAGAAAGUGGAAGUCCUGACCAUAGAUGACAAAUCCUCUUCCUUUAAGCCUAAGGGCAAAAAGAAUAAGAAGAAGAUUGAUAAGAGUAAAGCCCCUAAGGUCGAGUCAAAGGAAACUCAGAAGAACAAGAAGAAGGGAACUUGUUUCUAUUGCAAAAAGGAUGGGCAUUGGAAGAAGGAAUGUCGAGCUUUUCUGGCAUCUCAGAAAAAGAAGCCGGGAUAA